CGCUGCGUCAUACGUCGUCACCCAAUAGGAAAGAGCRUUGACUGAAGGCUAGUGUUAGCCGGGUAGCUGGUCUGCGAACAAGAUAGAAGAUGGAUUCUCCUAUCCUGGAACCGUCCUUAUACACUGUCAAAGCUGUUCUGAUUCUCGACAACGAUGGAGACAGGCUGUAUGCCAAGUAUUAUGAUGACACAUACCCUACAGUGAAGGAGCAGAAGGCGUUUGAGAAGAAUAUAUUCAACAAAACWCAUAGGACAGACAGUGAGAUUGCRUUACUGGAAGGCCUGACAGUUGUCUACAAGAGCAAUAUAGAUCUGUUCUUUUACGUGAUUGGAAGUUCACAUGAGAAUGAGCUUAUGCUAAUGGCUGUUCUGAACUGCCUUUUUGAUUCCCUCAGUCAGAUGUUGAGGAAAAAUGUUGAGAGGAGAGCCUUGUUGGAGAAUAUGGAGGGACUCUUCUUGGCUGUGGAUGAGAUAGUGGAUGGAGGGGUGAUCUUAGAGAGUGACCCUCAGCAAGUUGUUCAUAGAGUGGCACUCAGAGGUGAUGAUGUACCUUUGACAGAACAAACAGUCACCCAGGUACUUCAGUCUGCCAAAGAACAGAUCAAGUGGUCUCUUCUUCGAUAGUCACCUUUGUGCCAGCUUCCCAGUGAGCCACUGUUCAGAACAGACCCCACGGCACUGAUCCUCAACCUCCUCCAACUUCCACUACAGUCGAUGCUGUGAGAAGUACCAAUAACUGAUCCAGUCACAGUUCAGGACUUCUGCUUUACAAAGUUUGAUUUUUCCAUAUUUUUUAUCUGCUCAGUCUCACAUUGAAUGGUUAAAAUGAGGAUAACAUUUGUACAUUCCACCAAUGGAUUGCCUUGUUUUGUUUUGUUGAUUUUUCUUUUAAGAAGCUGGAUUUUUAUUAAAACUAUGUGUAACACCAUCACAACCUCUGACAUCAUUCCAUGUAUCUCCAGUAACAAGGAGUAUAAUCUUUUGAACAGCAUGCUGUCAUCUUCUCCUGAUUACUGUAAAAUAAAUAAAGCCACUUUGAAUUUU